GUGUCCCAUCCUGUCUUUGAAAAAGGAAAAUCAAAUGAUACCAAGAACAGAUCUGUGGAAUUGAAGGUCACUUCUGUUCCCGAGUCCACUGUAAUGGAGUCAGGUAAACUGCAGUUAGCAUAUGACCAGGUUAAGACUGCAUACUUCAAGGCUCAUUUGAUGGAUUAUUCCUAGAUCUUUCCAACAGAGCAUUCUUAUCUGAUCACCUCUUGGACACCGUUUCUUUGAUGUUGAAGGAACAGACAAGAGGGCCAUGGAUGUGAAAGAAAGGAAGCCCUACCGUUCCCUGACCAGGCGCCGUGACGCUGAGCGCCGCUACACCAGCUCCUCCGCAGAGAGCGAGGACAACAAGAUACCUCAGAAGUCCUACAGCUCCAGUGAGACUCUGAAGGCCUACGAUCAGGACUCUAGGCUGACCUAUGGCAAUCGGGUGAAGGAAAUGGUGCACCAGGAAGCAGACGAGUACUGCCGAACAGGACCCAACUUUUCUUUGCGCGAGCUGGGCCUCGAAGACGUCUCACCGCCCCAUGGGACUUUAUAUCGGACAGAUUUAGGGCUGCCCCACUGUGGCUACUCCAUUGGCGCUGGAUCUGAUGCCGACAACGAAGCAGAUGCAGUCUUAUCACCCGAACACCCGGUCAGACUCUGGGGACGCAACACCAAGUCCGGCCGCAGCUCCUGCUUGUCCAGCCGAGCCAACUCCAACCUCACCCUCACAGAUACAGAACACGACAACACCGAAACCGGUCCUCCCCUGCCUUGUUCAUCAGCCUCAUCCACCCCAAUUGAGCAGUCCCCCUCCCCGCCCCCUUCACCCCCUCCAGCCAAUGAGAGCCAGAGAAGGUUGCUAGGCAACGGAGUGGCCCGGCCAACUCAGGACUCUGAGUCCGAGGACGAAGAGUUUGUCCCCAAUUCAUUCUUAGUUAAAAGUGACUCUGGGAACCUCUCUCCCCCUUCUUCUGAUGAUCAUCCAGCAAGUCUCCAGAACCACUCCAGGCUCCGAACUCCCCCGCCUCCGCUCUCCCACACUCACACCCCAAACCAGCAUCAUGCGGCCUCCAUCAACUCCCUAAAUCGAGGGAACUUCACCCCACGCAGCAAUCCUAGCCCUGUGCCCACCGACCACUCCCUUUCCGGAGAGCAGCAGCCCGGGACGCAGGAGUCUACGCAUGCUCAGGACAACUGGUUACUCAAUAGUAACAUCCCCCUCGAGACAAGAAACAUAGCAAAGCAGACAUUCCUAGAGACAUUGCAGGACAACCUCAUUGAGAUGGACAUUCUCACCUCCUCCCGACAUGAUGGUGCUUACAAUGAUGGGCACUUCUUGUUCAAGCCUGGCGGCACCUCUCCCCUCUUUUGUACCACGUCGCCAGGAUAUCCCUUGACGUCCAGCACUGUGUACUCGCCUCCCCCUAGGCCCCUUCCCAGAAGUACGUUCUCUCGACCAGCCUUUAACCUGAAGAAGCCCUAUAAGUACUGUACCUGGAAAUGUGCUGCCUUGAGUGCCAUUAUCAUCUCUGUCGCGUUGGUGAUCCUGCUGGCAUAUUUCAUCGCCAUGCACCUGUUUGGCCUAAACUGGCACCUGCAGCCGAUGGAAGGGCAGAUGUAUGAGAUCACGGAAGACACAGCCAGCAGUUGGCCAGUGCCAACGGACGUCUCCUUAUAUUCCUCAGGGGGCACGGGGUUAGAGUUACCUGACAGGAAAGGCAAAGGAGCCGGCGAAGCAGGAAAACCCAGUAGUUUCUUUCCAGAAGACAGUUUUAUAGACACUGGAGAGAUUGACGUUGGCAGGCGAACUACACAGAAGAUCCCUCCUGGAAUCUUUUGGAGAUCUCAGGUGUUUAUUGACCACCCAGUGCAUCUGAAGUUCAACGUUUCAUUAGGAAAGUCUGCUCUGGUUGGGAUCUAUGGCAGAAAAGGCCUCCCACCUUCACAUACACAGUUUGACUUUGUGGAAUUACUUGAUGGGAGGCGACUUCUCACUCAGGAGGCCAGGAGCCUGGAAGGUCCUCAGCGGCAACACAAGGGCGUCGUGCCUUUGGCCAGCCAUGAGACGGGAUUUAUUCAGUAUUUGGAUUCUGGAAUGUGGCACCUGGCCUUUUACAACGACGGGAAAGAAUCGGAAGUGGUGUCCUUUCUCACCAGUGCCAUUGAAUCGGUGGAUAACUGCCCCAGCAACUGCUACGGGAAUGGUGAUUGUAUUUCCGGGACCUGCCAUUGUUUUCUUGGUUUUCUGGGGCCAGACUGUGGCCGAGCAUCGUGCCCUGUGUUGUGUAGUGGAAACGGGCAGUACAUGAAAGGGCGGUGUUUAUGCCACAGCGGAUGGAAAGGGGCCGAGUGUGACGUCCCGACCAACCAGUGCAUCGAUAUCUCUUGCAGUAGUCAUGGCACUUGCAUCAUGGGGACCUGUAUCUGCAACCCAGGGUACAAAGGAGAGAGCUGCGAAGAAGUGGAUUGCAUGGACCCCACCUGCUCAGGGCGCGGUGUGUGUGUGCGAGGAGAGUGUCACUGCUCUGUCGGCUGGGGAGGAACAAACUGCGAGGCACCGAGAGCGACCUGCUUGGACCAGUGCUCUGGCCAUGGCACCUUUGUGCCUGAAACUGGCCUGUGCACUUGUGAUCCCAGCUGGACUGGACACGACUGUUCGAUAGAGAUUUGCGCUGCCGACUGCGGAGGGCAUGGCGUCUGUGUCGGAGGCACCUGCCGCUGCGAGGAGGGCUGGAUGGGCGCCGCUUGUGAUCAGCGGGCAUGUCAUCCCCGGUGCAAGGAGCAUGGGACAUGCCGGGACGGCAAGUGUGAAUGCAGCCCUGGCUGGAACGGAGAACACUGCACCAUUGCUCACUAUCUGGAUAAGGUAGUGAAAGAGGGAUGCCCCGGAUUGUGUAACGGCAAUGGCAGGUGUACGCUGGACAUGAACGGGUGGCACUGUGUCUGCCAGCUGGGAUGGAGAGGGCCAGGAUGCGACACUUCCAUGGAGACGGCAUGUGGCGACGGAAAGGACAACGAUGGAGAUGGAUUAGUGGAUUGUAUGGACCCAGACUGCUGCCUCCAGCCGCUGUGCCAUACCAGCUCGCUCUGCCUGGGUUCACCGGAUCCCUUGGACAUCAUACAGGAGACGCAGGCCCCUGUAACCCAGCAGAACCUUUACUCCUUCUACGAUCGGGUCAAGUUUCUAGUUGGGAAGGACAGCACCCACGUCAUUCCCGGAGAGAAUCCGUUCACCGGAGGCCACCCUUGCGUGAUCCGUGGGCAGGUGAUGACAUCAGACGGGACUCCACUUGUUGGCGUAAACAUCAGCUUUGUCAACAACCCCCUCUAUGGCUACACCAUCAGCAGACAAGAUGGCAGUUUUGAUCUUGUCACGAAUGGUGGGAUAUCCAUCAUCUUGCAUUUUGAGCGGGCGCCCUUCAUCACCCAAGACCACACCUUGUGGCUGCCAUGGGAUCACUUCUUUGUCAUGGAGACCAUUGUCAUGAGGCACGAAGAGAACGAUAUUCCCAGCUGCGACCUGAGCAACUUUGCCCGGCCCAACCCAGUGGUCUUGCCUUCUCCAAUGACAGCAUUUGCCAGCUCCUGUUCAGAGAGAGGCUCCAUUGUGCCAGAAAUCCAGGCCCUCCAAGAAGAGAUCAAAAUUUCCGGCAGUAAAAUCAAGUUGAGUUACCUGAGCAGCCGUACGGCCGGUUAUAGAUCAGUCUUAAGGAUCAGCCUAACCCAUCCCACCAUCCCGUUCAACCUGAUGAAGGUCCACCUCAUGGUUGCUGUUGAAGGACGUCUUUUCAGAAAAUGGUUUGCUGCAGCUCCAGACCUCUCCUACUACUUUGUGUGGGACAAGACUGAUGUCUACAAUCAGAAGGUGUAUGGAUUGUCUGAAGUCUUUGUUUCAGUGGGCUACGAAUACGAAUCCUGUCCUGACUUGAUCCUGUGGGAGAAGCGGACUGCGGUGCUUCAAGGUUACGAAAUCGACGCGUCCAAACUUGGAGGGUGGUCUUUGGACAAGCACCACGCUCUCAACAUCCAGAGUGGCAUCUUGCAUAAAGGGAAUGGGGAAAACCAGUUCAUCUCUCAGCAGCCGCCGGUCAUAGGGAGCAUCAUGGGAAACGGACGGAGAAGAAGCAUCUCCUGCCCGAGUUGCAAUGGCCUUGCGGACGGCAACAAGCUCUUGGCUCCUGUCGCCCUGACCUGUGGAUCGGAUGGAAGCAUUUACGUCGGAGACUUCAACUACAUCAGAAGAAUCUUCCCUUCUGGAAAUGUCACCAACAUACUGGAAUUAAGAAAUAAAGAUUUCAGACAUAGCCACAGCCCCGCUCACAGGUACUACCUGACUACAGACCCCAUUGCCGGCUCCAUCUACCUCUCCGAUACCAGCAGCCGCCGCGUCUUCAGAAUCAAGUCAACCACCGUGGUGAAGGACGUGGUGAAGAACUCGGAGGUGGUGGCUGGGACCGGGGACCAGUGCCUUCCAUUUGAUGAUUCUCACUGUGGAGAUGGAGGAAAAGCCACCGAAGCAACACUCACAAGUCCCAGGGGCAUCACCGUGGACAAAUUUGGGUUCAUCUAUUUUGUGGAUGGCACGAUGAUUCGGCGCAUAGACCAGAAUGGGAUCAUCUCAACUGUCCUCGGUUCCAAUGACUUGACGUCCGCCAGGCCUCUGAGCUGUGACUCGGUCAUGGAUAUCUCCCAGGUCCGUCUAGAGUGGCCAACCGACCUAGCAGUCAACCCAAUGGACAAUUCCCUGUAUGUCCUCGACAACAACGUCGUGUUGCAGAUCUCCGAAAACCACCAAGUGCGCAUUGUGGCAGGAAGGCCAAUGCACUGCCAGGUCCCUGGUAUUGACCACUUCCUUUUGACUAAGGUAGCCAUUCAUGCCACCUUGGAAUCUGCCACAGCCCUGGCUGUCUCGCAUAGCGGUGUUCUGUACAUUGCCGAGACUGAUGAAAAGAAGAUCAACCGCAUCCGGCAGGUCACAACCAAUGGCGAAAUCUCACUGGUGGCUGGUGCUCCCAGCGGCUGUGAUUGUAAAAACGAUGCCAACUGUGAUUGCUUUUCUGGAGAUGAUGGCUAUGCAAAGGAUGCCAAGCUCAAUUCCCCUUCAUCCCUUGCAGUGUGUGCAGAUGGCGAGCUGUACGUGGCUGAUCUUGGGAACAUCAGGAUCCGCUUUAUCCGGAAGAACAAACCGUUCCUCAAUACUCAGAACCUAUAUGAGUUAUCUUCACCCAUUGACCAGGAACUCUAUUUGUUUGACACCAGUGGCAAACACCUUUAUACCCAAAGCCUUCCCACUGGAGAUUACCUUUUCAAUUUCACCUACACGGGAGACGGUGACAUCACCCUGAUCACUGACAACAAUGGAAACUUGGUCAACAUCCGUAGGGAUUCCACCGGGAUGCCGCUCUGGGUAGUGGUGCCAGAUGGCCAGGUCUACUGGCUGACCAUCGGCACAAACAGUGCCUUGAAGAGUGUGACAGCACAAGGCCAUGAGGUAGCCAUGAUGACCUAUCACGGCAAUUCUGGCCUCCUUGCUACUAAGAGCAAUGAAAAUGGGUGGACUACAUUUUAUGAAUACGACAGCUUUGGCCGUCUCACCAACAUCACUUUCCCUACCGGUCAGGUCAGCAGCUUCCGAAGUGACACCGACAGCUCAGUGCAUGUCCAGGUUCAAACCUCCAGCAAAGACGAUGUCACCAUCACAACCAACCUUUCAGCAUCAGGUGCCUUCUACACCCUCCUCCAAGACCAAGUGCGAAACAGCUAUUACAUUGGUGCAGAUGGGUCUCUACGGCUCAUUUUGGCGAAUGGCAUGGAGGUAGCGCUGCAGACUGAGCCCCACUUGCUGGCUGGCACAGUGAACCCCACGGUGGGGAAGAGGAAUGUUACUCUCCCCAUAGACAAUGGUCUCAACCUGGUUGAGUGGAGGCAGCGGAAAGAGCAAGCCAGGGGCCAGAUCACAGUAUUUGGACGCAGGCUGAGGGUUCACAACAGAAACUUGCUCUCCCUUGACUUUGACCGUGUGACAAGGACAGAGAAAAUCUACGACGACCAUCGCAAAUUCACCCUGAGGAUCCUGUAUGAUCAGGCCGGCCGCCCCAGCCUUUGGUCUCCGAGCAGCAGGCUGAAUGGCGUGAACGUCACUUAUUCCUCCGGAGGACAUAUUGCUGGGAUCCAAAGGGGAACCAUGUCAGAAAGGAUGGAGUAUGACCAGUCUGGAAGGAUCACAUCCCGGAUCUUUGCUGAUGGCAAAUCAUGGAGUUAUACAUAUUUAGAGAAGUCGAUGGUCCUGCUCCUUCACAGUCAACGUCAGUACAUUUUCGAAUUUGAUAAGAAUGACCGCUUGUCAUCUGUGACCAUGCCCAAUGUAGCCCGGCAGACUUUGGAGACCAUUCGCUCCAUUGGCUAUUAUAGGAACAUCUAUAGGCCCCCAGAGGGAAAUGCUUCAGUCGUUGAGGAUUUCAAUGAGGAACGGCAACUCCUCCAUACUUAUCAUUUGGGAACAGGGAGGCGUGUCAUCUACAAGUAUGGCAAGCUAUCAAAGUUGGCUGAAAUGCUUUAUGACACAACCAAAAUCAGCUUCACUUAUGAUGAAACGGCAGGCAUGCUGAAGACGAUCAACCUGCAGAACGAAGGGUUCACUUGCACCAUUCGGUAUCGACAGAUUGGACCUCUCAUUGAUCGGCAGAUCUUCCGCUUCACAGAGGAAGGCAUGGUGAAUGCUCGCUUUGACUACAACUAUGACAACAGCUUCCGGGUGACCAGCAUGCAAGCGGUGAUCAAUGAGACCCCGUUGCCCAUUGACCUCUACCGGUACGAUGACGUAUCAGGCAAAACCGAGCAGUUUGGCAAAUUUGGAGUCAUCUAUUAUGAUAUCAAUCAGAUCAUCACGACAGCUGUGAUGACCCACACUAAGCAUUUUGAUGCCUACGGUAGAAUGAAGGAAGUGCAGUAUGAGAUAUUCCGGUCCCUCAUGUACUGGAUGACUGUGCAGUAUGACAACAUGGGGCGAGUGGUGAAAAAGGAACUGAAGGUUGGCCCCUAUGCAAACACAACGAGAUAUUCGUAUGAGUAUGACGCUGAUGGUCAGCUACAGACUGUGUCAAUCAAUGAGAAGCCCCUUUGGCGGUACAGUUAUGACCUCAAUGGGAAUCUCCAUUUGUUGAGUCCUGGCAACAGUGCCCGCCUCACCCCACUGCGGUACGAUCUCAGGGACAGGAUUACAAGAUUAGGGGAUGUACAGUACAAAAUGGACGAGGAUGGCUUCCUGAGACAGAGGGGAAAUGACAUUUUCGAGUACAAUUCCGCCGGGCUGCUCAUCAAGGCAUACAACAAAGCCAAUGGUUGGAGCGUAAAAUAUCGUUACGACGGACUUGGAAGGAGGGUCUCCAGCAAAACUGUCCACGGCCACCAUUUGCAAUUCUUUUAUGCCGAUCUCACCAACCCCACCAAAGUCACCCACCUGUACAAUCACUCCAGUUCUGAGAUAACCUCCCUCUAUUAUGACCUUCAGGGCCAUCUCUUUGCGAUGGAGCUAAGCAGUGGGGAUGAGUUUUACAUUGCUUGCGACAACAUUGGAACUCCGUUGGCCGUCUUCAGUGGGACAGGCUUGAUGAUCAAGCAGAUCCUGUACACAGCAUAUGGUGAGAUCUAUAUGGACACCAACCCAAACUUUCAAAUUAUUAUUGGCUACCAUGGAGGCCUGUAUGACCCCCUCACCAAACUCAUACAUAUGGGGAAGAGGGACUACGACGUUCUGGCCGGCAGAUGGACCAGCCCGGACCAUGGCAUUUGGAAGCGUCUAAGCAGCAGCAACAUAAUGCCUUUCAAUCUUUACAUGUUCAAGAAUAACAACCCUAUUAGUAACACUCAGGAUAUCAAGUGCUAUAUGACAGAUGUCAACAGCUGGUUGCUAACCUUUGGGUUUCAGCUGCACAACGUCAUCCCUGGCUAUCCUAAACCUGACAUGGAUGCUGUGGAGCCCUCCUAUGAACUCAUUCACACCCAGCUAAAGACCCAAGAAUGGGACAACAGCAAGUCGAUCUUGGGAGUGCAGUGUGAAGUCCAGAAGCAGCUGAAGGCCUUUGUCACCUUGGAGCGCUUUGAGCAGAUCUACAGCUCCAGCAUCGCCGGGUGCCAUGAAGUCAAGGGGGACAACAACUUUGCUUCGGGUGGCUCCGUCAUCGGCAAGGGGGUCAAAUUCGCCAUGAAAGACGGGAGGGUGUCCACCGACAUCAUCAGCACCGCGAACGAGGAUGGGCGAAGGAUCGCUGCCAUAUUGAACAACGCUCACUACCUGGAGAACUUGUACUUCACGAUUGAGGGCAUGGACACCCACUAUUUCGUCAAGCAAGGGCCUUCGGACAGCGACUUGUCCAUCCUUGGCCUCAGCGGUGGAAGGAGAACCUUGGAAAACGGCGUCAACGUCACCGUCUCCCAAAUCAACACGGUGCUCAAUGGAAGGACUAGACGUUACACGGACAUCCAGCUCCAGUACGGAGCGCUGAGUCUGAACACCCGUUACGGGACCACUCUGGACGAGGAGAAGACCCGUGUGCUGGAACUGGCCAGGCAACGUGCCGUGGCCCAAGCGUGGUCCCGGGAGCAGCAGAGACUACGGGACGGGGAGGAGGGCACCCGCUCCUGGACAGAAGGGGAGAAGCAGCAGCUCCUGAACACGGGGCGGGUGCAGGGCUAUGACGGCUACUUUGUGAUCUCAGUGGAGCAGUAUCCCGAACUCUCAGACAACGCAAACAACAUCCAUUUUAUGAGACAGAGCGAGAUGGGCAGAAGGUGACAGAGAGGGUCGAUGCGUUGACUUCUUUGCCAAAGACAGCUACUCUUUUGUGGCCGCCUACCAGACUGUGUUGUAUCCAAUCCUUUUUUAAUAAACACACACACAUACACACAACAAGAACAGAAAUGAUGAGGAACAAGGUUGGGGUGGAGUGAUAAUACAGUUGCACUGUAACCCAUGCCACAUCCUUUUCUUAUUUUUUAAAACAAAAUCUGGCUUUCUCAUCUGUUAUCAUCCCCAACCCCACAGGACCAAAAAAAGUGUAUUUCGCUGUUGCGUCAGUACAGUGAAAUCCUGUGUCUCUUUUUGUCCUUCCUUCCUUCCCCUUGUGUACUGUUCAGAGAAAAUCAGGGCAAUGUCCAAAUAAAUCCAUAGGUUUCUUAA